AUGGCUAGUCAUUCAGUCCUUGAGGUUUGUUCUGGAUAUCAAAUCGUGGCCAAAGAAGAAGACCCUUCUGCCUUUUCAAGCCAGUUGCCUACUUUUGAUUUCUGCGGAAGUGCCUAUAACUCUAUGUUGAAUUGGCAAAAUGAAUUAUCUAUACAAGAGAGUUAUCUUGAUAUGUGUCCUUUGAUGGAAAGCUACUGUCCUUCUGAUUCUUUGUAUGAUGCUUCGUUAGAUAUUGAACAUAGUCCCACUAUUGUGCAAGAUGAUAUCAAUGGACUUUGUGUGUGGAGUGAGUUAGGCUAUUUAAUUGAGCCCCAGAAGCAGAUGCUACUUUUGCGUGAAAGUACUACAAAAGAAUCAUCAAGUACUAGAGAGUUGAAGGAAGAAAGGAAGGCAACAAAAUGCAGAGAAGAAAAGUUGAAUAAUAGUAUAUCCAAAGCUUUGACAAGGGAGAUAAUAUCAAAGUAUUUCUACAUGCCAAUAACUCUAGCAGCCAGAGAACUCAACGUGGGGUUAACACUUUUGAAAAAAAGAUGCAGAGAAUUGGGCAUUAGGAGGUGGCCUCACAGGAAGCUGAUGAGCCUCCAAACCCUCAUAAAAAAUGUUCAGGAGAUGAAGAAAGUAGAGGGGGAUGAAAGUGACAAAAGGCUGAAAGAAGCUAUUGAAAUAUUGGAGAGCGAAAGGAAGUUGCUAGAAGAGAUGCCUGACAUGCAACUUGAGCACAAAACUAAAUGUCUUAGACAAGCCUGUUUUAAGGCGAAUUACAAGAAGAGAAAGCUGAUGGGCAUGAUGGGUAAUUCUUGUUCUUCUAGUGGCAGCAGCAGCCAUGCAAGUUUAGAGGCCAGCGUUGCUCAUGAGAUGAUGAUGAUGACUGAAGAUGACGAGGAAAUUAAAUCCCUACUGAAUGAGCCCUUUUGUCAUGCUAACAAUUUGAUGUUCUAAAUUCCUAUUGUUCCAGCCUUGGCUAUCUCAUCUAUUUUAAUUAGGAGUGCUUUUUGUUUCUCUUUGGCUUUAUAUAUAUUUGAAUUAUCGUUGACAGAUGUUC